AAGAUGCGAUAAUCUAGGCCCAACCAACGGAACAGGCCGCAUUGAUUUCUUCGCAAUUCUGCUGUUUCAGUAUGCCUAUUCCGAAAAGCUCACCGUCAUCUGGCCAAACCCCCAAAAAGCAGCAGACAAUCUCAAGUUUCUUCACCCCCAAAUGCUCAGCUCCUCCAGCAGUGAAAGCCGAUAAAGCCCCCUCCGGAGAUGCUUUGCGAAGUGCUGGGCCCAACGGGCAAUUGAAUAGCGACAGCUUGUUUUUAAGUGAUGACGAAGAGCCACCACUUUCGGGCAGCCGCCGUCAAAAUUCGGCCUCAAAACGAGGCCCAAACCGAGACAGCGAUGACCUUAACUAUACAGAUGAUGACGAUACUUCUGAACCACCGGCGAAAAGAUCCAAGGCUCUUAAAGACACAGUGACAAAUCUAGUCCCGACAAGUCAUGACCGUGAAAAUGCAAGCUCCCGGCAACACCAUCAUUCUCAUACAGCACAAAAGCUCAACAAAUCGGAUCGAACUUCGAAAUACCUUUUCUCCAGUUCCCCCGUUCCCGCUCCCACAGAAGCAGAAGAUGGAAAGGUUCAGGCCGAAAAAGAUAGACUGCAUCGGAAAUUUAUAAAGAAGCUUGGCCGGCCAGAUAGCUUUGCCGAAUUAAGGAGAAGAAAUCGGAUCAUCGAUGAAGACGGUGGAGGAACAGAGGCCGCAGAGGGCGAAGAGGACGAAGACGAAGCGCCUGCAGAGAAACCAAAAGCAAAACGAGGUGGUUCUGGAAAGGGUGCAUCGAGCAAAUUGACGCCUAUGGAGCGGCAAGUCAUCGAGAUAAAGAAGAAACACAUGGACACGAUUCUUGUCGUUGAGGUUGGAUACAAAUUCAGGUUUUUUGGCGAAGAUGCGCGCAUUGCUGCAAAGGAAUUGUCUAUCGUUUGUAUACCUGGGAAGAUGCGGUUCGACGAGCACCCGUCCGAAGCACACCUGGAUCGGUUCGCCUCAGCGAGUAUUCCUGUACACCGUCUCCAUGUUCAUGUCAAACGACUAGUUGCUGCUGGUCAUAAAGUUGGAGUUGUCCGGCAAUUGGAGACUGCUGCUCUGAAGGCCGCAGGCGACAAUCGGAACGCCCCAUUUGUAAGAAAGCUCACCAAUCUUUAUACCAAGGGCACUUACAUCGACGAUAUUGAGGGACUGGGCGAGUCUGUGGAUGGGCCAUCUGGAGGAGCUCCGGCAUCUGGUCAUCUAUUGUGUAUCACCGAAACCAAUGCCAAAGGCUGGGGAACGGAUGAAAAGGUUCAUGUUGGAAUCAUAGCAGUGCAACCAGCUACAGGAGACGUCAUAUAUGAUGACUUUGAGGACGGAUUUAUGAGAAGCGAAAUUGAAACCCGACUUCUGCAUAUCUCGCCCUGCGAGUUUUUAAUUGUAGGUGAGCUUUCCAAAGCCACCGAAAAGCUCGUUCAUCACCUAUCAGGAAGCAAAUCCAAUGUAUUCGGCGAUCGCAUUCGUGUUGAAAGAGUUGGAAAGCCGAAGACCGUGGCUGCUCAAUCAUACAGUCAUGUAGCGAAAUUUUAUGCCGGCAAGAUGAAGUCAUCCAGCUCCGAAGCGGAUUCCUCUGCGAGCACUCUUCUAGAUAAAGUCCUCGCCCUUUCUGAGCCUGUCACUAUAUGUCUCUCUGCGAUGAUUACCCACCUAACCGACUAUGGCCUCGAGCACGUCUUCGAUCUGACCAAAUAUUUUCAGUCAUUCAGUGCUCGCUCACACAUGCUUCUGAAUGGAAACACUCUUACAAGUCUGGAACUUUACAAAAACCAGACAGAUAACAAUGAGAAGGGAAGCUUGUUUUGGGCGUUAGAUCGAACUCAGACGCGGUUCGGCCAACGUCUUCUGAGGAAGUGGGUUGGUCGGCCUUUGCUGGAUAAAGGAAAAUUGGAGGAGAGAGUGGCCGCUGUAGAAGAGCUUCUGGAAGGUAACCAAAGUGCCGCCGUCGAAAAGCUAAAAGGGUUGCUUUCAAGGACGAAGAGUGAUCUUGAGAAAAGUUUAAUAAGAAUAUAUUACGGAAAGUGCACCCGUCAUGAGCUUCUGACCGUGCUCCAGACGCUGCAGCGAAUAGCGGACGAAUUUGGCCAUGUCAAAUCCCCAGAGAAUGCUGGAUUUAAGUCAGAUAUUAUCAGCAAAGCUAUUGCAAAUCUUCCAGUGAUAUCUGAAGUUAUUGUCGGCUUCUUAGAGAAGAUCAACCCGGAGGCCGCCAAGAACGAUGACAAAUAUUCCUUUUUCCGUGAAAAUGAGGAAACGGAAGAUAUUACAGAACACAAGAUGGGAAUCGCCGGAGUUGAGCAUGAGCUUGACGACCAUCGAGCUGUUGCUGCUGAAAAGGUGGGCAAACGGAAAGUUGACUAUGUGACAGUAGCUGGCAUCGAGUACCUUAUAGAAAUGGACAAUACCCAGCUUAAAAAGGUGCCCGCUUCGUGGGUCAAAGUCAGUGGCACGAAGAAAGUCUCUCGGUUUCAUACGCCCGAGGUCACUCGUCUUAUACGAGAGCGCGAUCAGCACAAGGAAUCCUUGGCUGCAGCUUGCGAUGCUGCCUUUUCAUCAUUGCUCAGAGAUAUUUCCUUGCGCUAUCAAGACCUUCGGGAUUGUAUUCAAUCACUGGCCACCCUUGAUUGCUUAGUCUCUCUGGCCGAGGUUGCUGGUCAGCCAGGCUACGUGAAGCCAGAAUAUACAGACGACGCCUGCGUCUGCGUUAAAGAAGGCCGUCAUCCUAUGGUUGAGCAACUUUUGCUCGAAAGCUAUGUUCCUAAUGAUAUUGACCUUUCAUCCCAUGCCACUCGUGCGCUUCUCAUCACCGGACCCAAUAUGGGUGGUAAAUCAAGCUACGUUCGUCAAGUAGCUCUGAUUUCCAUCAUGGGUCAAAUAGGAUCAUAUGUUCCUGCCUCUUACGCCAAGCUCGGCAUGCUGGAUGCCGUAUUUACAAGGAUGGGUGCGUUCGACAAUAUGAUGGCCGGAGAGUCAACAUUCAUGGUAGAACUCUCGGAAACUUCAGAUAUUCUGAAGCAAGCAACAUCGCGGUCCCUUGUCAUUCUCGAUGAGCUUGGUCGCGGAACCUCAACCCACGAUGGUGUUGCUAUUGCUCAAGCAGUCCUUGAUUACAUUGUUCGCGAGACCAAGAGCCUAACUCUGUUCAUCACCCAUUAUCAGAGUCUAAGUACCUUGACUCGAGGGUUUCCUGAUGGCGAGCUAAAGAAUGUGCAUAUGAAAUUCACUGAGAGGGGCGAAGACGGUCGCGAUAUUACCUUUCUUUAUGAAAUUGGUGAGGGUGUCGCCCAUCGAUCGUAUGGUUUGAAUGUUGCUCGUUUAGCCAACGUGCCUAGUUCGGUAUUGGAGCUUGCCGCUGUUAAAUCUAAGGAAUUGGAAGAAAAUGUAAAGGACAAGACGUUCUCCAAUAUUUCGACGCUCUUGCAAAAUGUAAUGGCAGAAUCCGCCAGUGAUCACUUUGAGCAACUUGUUACCGGUAUUGAUCAGCUUUGAUUGUAAUGGUUCAAGCCACUUCUAGACUUUCGGUGUUUUCUGAGUUCAUAAUCUACGGGCAUGCAUUCUGUACUCCCAGAUAUCUGUAUGCUACAUCGAGCAAAAAGGCGUUUGUUUCAUGCUCACUGGUCUGCAUUUUACGUCUCUUUUUGGGUUAGACAUGAGCAUUAUCAGCAUAGUGGAGGGGAGUCUCGAUUUUCACUCAACAUUCUUUAGAUUUUCGGGAGUCGGGACCAAGGAUAUUUUCCUUUUGGAGUGGCAUGUACUUUGCAUAAAAGCCAAAUUCUUUCUCUAGUACCGUUCGCAAUUUGGCCUAUCACUUCUCUCCCAACAAGUGAAAUCGAAGUCGCAGUUCCUUCUUGUAACAGAACUGCUUAAGUGCUUGUUGAAGAUAAGCGGU